AGGUUACACAGGUGAACCAGCAUCAAUCAAUUAAAUACCGUUUCAGAUCGCGUCGCAUUCAGCUCCGCUCCACAGCCCACAGUCAGUCACAAACGAUUUCUUGUUCAGUUUCAGACGUCGCGUUCGAAGUGAACGGUCGCGCAUCAAAGAAACUGGAAUUGCAGGAAAUUUCAUCAUCGAGCCGCGUAUUACCACCGCCCGCUUUUACUUUUUCGCGUGACACCGGCAUUAUUUUGUUGUUCUGUGUGACGCACGGGAGAGUUUUCUUAGUAGUACAGGAAAGAAUGCAAUAAAUUAAAAGGCAAACAUUCCAACGAUUAAGUCAGCCAAAAUGACAUCGAAAUUGGUCCAGAUGCAGGCUCGUUUUCAACAGAAGCAGAUGCAAGAGAAAGAAGAAAAACUUUUAAAGCUAUACGAAAAUCAACAACAAAGAGCGUUUGAUAGAGUUGGAAGAGGCAGUGCCGGCAGUAACGAUAGUCUAAAUUCCUCAAAUACUGGUUUGCUUGGAGGUAAAGUGCGCCAAAUGUUCGACGAACGAAGACAAAAGGCCGGAGUUGAUAAAAGUUACCCUUUAGAACCGUUAAAAUCAAAAAGUAAUACUAAAAACAUAAAUAUUGAAAGAAAAAAUGGAACUGUGAAGACGACUGUUAAAAGUACUGUGCAAAGCAGUAGUAGUAUAGUAAAAAAUGGAAAACCAUUGGUUAAAAAAAGAGAAGUUGUAAAUAGGCUGUAUGAAAAUGAUAAUGGAAAGGAAGCUUUUGAAACUAGUAGAUAUAUUGAUAAUGGAACUGACGCGAUACAUUCUAAGUCCUAUAGAGAAAUGAUGGAAAUGUUGGAUAACAACAAUUCAAGUGAUAGUUUGGAAAACGAAGAGAUGCCUCACAUAGGAUUCGAUGAAGUUGAUCACACUCAUCUAUAUGAAAAAGAGAGUAUAUUAACCAAUAAUAAUAAUAAUAAUGGAAUUGUUAAAAAAUUAUACACGAAAACUCCGGUUACAAAUGGAAUUACCGCUAAAACUGAAAAUUCAGUACCGAAAAAGAACAACCUACCGAACACAAAAAGAAAUUCUGCAGCACAUUCACCUAUAUCUCCUAAAACUAGCACACCAAGUAGUCCCGUAAAGAAAACUACUUCUACUCCUACUAUGAACGAUAAGUCUAAAUCCCUACAAAAGGCACCGUCAUCAUCUCGCCCUUCCGCUAAACAGCAAAGUCCUCGGUCCGUAGUAACUCGAGACGAUCUUACCGAAUGUAAUUAUUGUGGCAGAAGAUUCGCUGAGGAUCGAGUUCAAAAGCACGAAGAGGUUUGUUCCAAAACGGGCAAGAAGAAAAGGAAAGCAUAUGACGCCACAAAGCACAGGGUUAUGGGUACAGAAUUGGAGUCGUAUAUUAUUCCCUCCAAGGGAAAGGCUAAAGCAAAUAAUGUGAAGUCGUCUACUAAAACUCCUCCAAAGAAAGACUGGCGAAGGACGCACGAGGAGUUUAUAGCAGCUAUUAGAGCAGCGAAAGAAGCUCAAGCUCAUCUGUCAAAAGGAGGAAAGCUAUCAGAUCUCCCACCACCCCCACCAUCGACAAAUCCAGACUAUGUCCAAUGCCCACAUUGCAAUAGAAGAUUUAACGAAGCUGCUGCCGAACGUCAUAUUCCCAAAUGUGCUGAUUACCAAUUUAAUAAACCAAAACCUGGUGCAUCUAAAUCAAAACAAAAUUAUGGCAAGAAAUAAAUAGAUAGUCUGGCUUAAAAUUUUAUUCGAAUCUUUUCUGAUGUCAAAACGCUCGAUCUGCAAGCGCUAAAUAGUACAGUCAGAAUUCUUUAAGAGAAUAUUACAACUAAAUAUAAAUAUUUUUUAUUUUGUAUUGAUAACAAUAAUAAAUAUUAUUUACUUUUGGUGAAAUAUCUUUAAUCGCAGAAUAAUUUGUGAAAUUAUAUUAUAUUAAAAAACUAAGAAAUCGUUAAUUCGAUAAGACAGUUCGUUACAGAGACGAAGUAUCAAAAUACCCUAAAAAUUUCUUGUAAAAAUUCAACCUACUUUACUUCUUCUUAUGGUGCCCUAUCCAAUUAGUGGAAGUUGGUGACAAUUCUGGCAUAUUUCUCUCGAUCUUGUGUGGCUAUAAAAAGUGCAAGGGCAUCGAGGUUUUUCCAAUCUCUUGUGUUUUUAAGUUCUGAGUAUUUCUUUCUUCUGAUGCCUUGUUUUCCUUCUAUUUUCCCUUCCAUAAUAAGCUUUAGGAACAGGUACUUGGAAUUUCGAAAUAUAUGACCCAGAUAAGCAGUUUUCAAUUCAAGUAAGCAAUUCAAUUCAAUUCAAGUGAUUUGCUGAUCCUACUUUUAAUUGUAACGUAUUAGGAGUCCAGAAGAUUUCAAUGCAUUAAAUAACUCUGUAGGAUAGUUGACUACGUCAUUCUGAUUUAUAACUGUGUCAUAAAUUGAUUUGGUAAAAACAACACAAAUGCAGUUCCUUGACAACUAGAUCUUGGAGUUCCUUGAUGACUAGACGUUGGAGUCCCAUUUUGCCCCACGGGACGAACUCUCUUUCUUGGUACUGCCUUCCCUGAUUUACAUAAUUGUUUAGAAACGGCUUGUUUGAAGUUAAAUAGUGGUAUAUAGCAAUUUUGUUAAUUUUUUCUACACCAGAGUAUCCAUGCGUUUACAACACAUAGAUCACAUAUAUAAAAAAAACAUUUGUUUAUCUCAUUUUCUUGAUAUAAGAUGGAUUUUGUAAGGCCCCAGCAUCAAGUUUAUUCUUCUUCUUCUUCAAGUGCCCUCUCUUCUCCGGAGUUUGGCAAUCAUCAUUGCUAUUCGUAUCUUUGAAGCUGUUGUUGGAACCAGUCUCUUAAAUUGCGCAACCAAGACAUACGUCAUCUCCCCACGCCUCGUUUGCUCUAAAUCUUUCCUUGGAUAAUUACCUGGAGCAAUAGGUACUUUUUACCUCUUAUCACAUGACCAAGAUAUUCCAACUUUCUUCUUUUCAUGGUGAUGAACAGCUCCCGUUCUUUGUUCAUUCCUUAAAGAACUAUACUAUUUGUUAUUUUGUUUGUCCAAAUUCAAUUUCAUUUUUAGGUUUAAGUUAUUGUCAUGACUUCUCAGAAUUUUCUUUAGAUUAACAAAAGCAGCUCGAGCCUUUCCAAUUUUAGUUUUUAUUUCUUCUGUAAUGUCAUUGUUGUUAUUAACUCCUCCUCCUCCUCAAUCCUUUAGCCCUUGUCAGGGCGUAGUGACACCCUAAAUAUUAUUAGUCUGCUGUCUCCAUUGACUGCGAUCUUGUGCCAUAUGGACGGCUUCAUGUAAGGAUUUUUCCACCAAACUCUUCAUUUGGUCCACCCAUCGUAUUGGAGAUCUUCCUCUUGGUCUUCGGCCUUCUACCUUACCUUCUACUACCAAUAGUUCCAUGGUGCCCGUUCUUCUAGCUAUGUGUCCGAAGUAAGUUAGGUAUGCUUGGUUUACUUUUUUUAGUAGCCUGUCUUUUAUAUGAAGCUCUUCCAGAAUUGACAGGUUGGUUCUAUGUUCUGUCCAGGACACGCGUAGAAUUCUUCUAUAUACCCACAUUUCGAAGGCUUCGAUCUUACUCCUAUCGAUUUUUUUGAGAGUCCAUGUUUCAGCUGCAUAUGUAGAAAUGGGAAAACUAAGGGCAUUGACCAACCUAAGCUUAGUAUUACUUGUUAUGGUUCGGUCUUUCCAUAUUUUAAUUAAUUUAGCAGUUGCUGUUCGGGCCAUUCCUAGUCUACGUUUGAUUUCUGAGGAACAAUCACCAUUGUUGGUUAUCAGAGAGCCCAAGUAUACAAAUCUGUCGACUACUUCGAAAAUCCCUAUUUGGCGUAUAUGCGGUAGAUUAUUAUUUGCUCUGUCUACAAUCAUUAUUUUUGGUUUUCUUGUGUUGAUUUGAAAUCCGAAUUCUUCACUUAUUCGGCUUAGGCGUUCGAUGAUGGUAAUCAUUUCGACUUCAUUCGCUGCUAGUAUAAGUGUGUCAUCUGCGUAUCGCAGGUUACUGAUUUUUCUGCCUCCUAUAGUGAUUCCUCCAUCCCAUUCAUCUAGUACUUUUCUCAUUAUAUAUUCAGAAUAUAUGUUGUACAAUAAUGGUGAUAGUAUGCAACCUUGUCUAGUUCCUUUCUCUGUUUUGAAUGCAUUUGAAUAUAUUCCAUGUACUUUAACUUUGGCUGAGUUUUUAUUAUACAGAUUUCUUAUUAG